CGAUUGCUUGGGUACCUCUGUCCCAUUCGUGUUUCUACCUUGAAGCAGUUGUGUUUGUAUGGCUGUGUUUCGGUUUGAAUAUGGCGUGAAUUUACAGAAACAUAUAAUAUAAAACAAUUGUGCUAGCAUGGAAAUAUUUAGGUUAAAAGGGCGGAAUACAGCACCAAAAUUACAGGGUAUGGAAACAUAACACCGUAGUCCUCAGAAAUGGCAGCGCAUGAGUGGUACCAUGGGCAUAUUAGAGUACUAUAUGAUGCCCGUGGUACUGUUCUUGUCUAAAGAAAACUGUUACCACUUUCCAUAAGUUAAUUUCGUUCCGUUAAUUUAUUCGCCAUUUUAAGUAUCAUAAAUAAUCUAAAGCAUUGUAAAGGUUUUUCGCAUUUGUUUACAGAACCCUAUAAUUGGUCUAUGACUACAUAGACACGCAUAUUGUGCGCAGUUUUAGUUUUUGUUAUGACUCUGUUAUGUCUAACUUGAUACAAAUGGAAAACGUGAUUUUAUUUUUUUUAUUUUUCACUUUGCUGAUGCACCGUAUUGUAGCUGACGAGCACUGUGUUACAUUCGAUUUCAAUGAAGGACUCGACAGCUUCAAUUUCGACCACCCAAUGUGUAGUAAUUAUAUAAACACAUGGACUUCAGAAUUCUAUAACACAUCCACAGUGUCUCCGCCAAAUGUAGCGAGUAAAAAAUUUAUAACACCAACAGGAGAACACAGUUGUGUGGCGUCAUUCAAUUUUGAAGUGAUAAACGGUGGCACUGUGGAAAUUCUCGCAUAUACGGGUGAAGGGAACGAGUUAACCAUUACGGCUCUUAACCGAGAUAAUAUACCUGAAACAACAAUAGAGUAUGAUUCACCCGUCUAUAACUGGACGUCUAUUACAAUGGACUUGACUGAAAAAACUUGUGACCCAUGCGCUAUUGUGUUUAUUGCCAAUAUUAGCAGAAACGCUGAUAUGUUGAUCGAUUCAUUUCGAUAUAAACCAUCUACUGUAGAUAAUGAACAAUGUAAAAUAUAUUCAGAAGAAAAUAAAACUGAGACGGAUACUACCAAAAUAGAGACUACCACUAUUGCAGCGAAGACUUUUAAUAAUACAAGGACGGCAACUGACAUUCAAACCAGUACAAAAUACAUCACCAUGCCAACGGAUUCGACCAUUAAUGAUAUUUCUACCACAGAAACCUAUACAGAAAUUAAUCUUACUUUGACUAGCACCGACUCAAAGAUAUCUGACAUUCUAACCAAUACAGAAGCAAUUACAACAUCUACAGAGUCAACUAUUGACGAUAUUUCUACCACAAAAACAGAUACAGGAAUUAAUCUUACUUUGACUAGCACCGACUCAAAGAUAUCUGACAUUCCAACCAAUACAGAAGCAAUUACAACAUCAACAGAGUCAACUAUUGACGAUAUUUCUACCACAAAAAUAGAUACAGAAACUAAUCUUGCUUUGAUUAGCACCGACUCAAAGAUAUCUGAUAUUCCAAUCAAUACAGAAGCAAUCACAACGUCAACAGAGUCAACUAUUGAUGAUAUUUCUACCACAAAAACAGAUACAGAAACUAAUCUUGCUUUGAUUAGCACCGACUCAAAGAUAUCUGUCAUUCCAAUCAAUACAGAAGCAAUCACAAUGUCAACAGAGUCAACUAUUGACGAUAUUUCUACCACAGAAACAGUUAUAGAAACUAUUCUUACUUUGACUAACACCGACACAAAGAUAUCUGAUAUUCCAACCAAUACAGAAGCAAUUACAACAUCAACAGAGUCAACUAUUGACGAUAUUUCUACUACAGAAACAGAUACAGAAACUAAUCUUACUUUGACUAGUACAGAUUCAAAGAUAUCUGAUAUUCCAACCAGUACAAGAACCAUUAUCACGCCAACGAAUUCAACUAUUAACGAUAUUUCUACCGCAGAAUCAGACACAGAAACUAAUCUUACUUCAAUUAGCACCGACUCAACGAUAUCGAGCAUUUCCACCAGUUCAGAAACAAUUACUACGUCAACAGAGUCAACUAUUUACAAUAUUUCUAUCGCAGAAACAGAUACAGAAACUAUUAUUACUAUGACUAGCACCGACUCAAAGAUAUCUGACAUUCCGACCAGUACAGAAAUACUCACUACGAUAACAGAGUCAACAAUUAACAAUAUUUCUACUGUCAUACAGAACAUAUCGCCAUGCCAACUUCAACUAUUAACGAUAUUUCUACCACAGAUAAAGUUAUAG